UUUACUACCUCACAUUUCAGCAUGCACAAUUUGCCAGUGUUCUUACAAUAAUUUCUUCUGACCUGCCGCCCUCGUCACUGGUACAGGGAUGUGAUGCUUCUGUUCUAUUGGGUUUACUGAAGGAAUUGAUUCCAAUAAAUAGUCUCUUUCUAAGAGUCUCCGCUGAGGCUUCAUUGACCGAUGGUGGGACAAAAUUUAUUAUGGAUAAUCUAAGAGAGCUAUCACGUGAGUUUGAAAAGUAUAUGAUGGCUACAAAUGGGGUGGAAGAUGUUGGUAAAGGAUGUCCUCAAGAUCUUGCACAUGAUGAAGUGCAACCAAACUUAGAUGGGGAGAAAUCAAUCCUUGAUCCACCACAUGUGAGAAAGAAAGGGAUAACCAAUGCUAGAAUAAAAUGUCAAUUGGAGAAAAAGAAAAGAAAAAAGGUGAAAGAUGCUUCAACUUCACAAGCUCCACAAUCUACUUCUAUGCUUCAAGAAAUUCAAGUGAAAAAGAUGAGAAGAAGCGUGAAAGAUGCAACUAGUUCCCAAGCUCCACAAGCUAGUUCUAUGAUACAUGGAGAUGUUCAAUCAUCAUUCAUUCCCCCGGAGAUGUCUAUUGUUUAUCCCAUGUUUAGCUCUACAAGAAUGAAUCAAGAAAUUAAAGUAGAAAAGAUGAGAAGAAGUGGAAAAGAUGCAACUAGUUCACAAGCUCCACAAGUUAGUUCUAUGAUACAUGGACUCAACCACAAGAUUCUGAAUAUAUUGGAAAACUUUUUUGGACAGUUUUUUGAUUAGCAAACUGCACAGUCAUAUGCACAAGAUUCUGAAUAUAAUGGAGAACUUUUGGACAGCUUUUUGAAUAGGAAACUACAUGGUCAUAUGCAUAAAAUUCUGAAUA